AUUUAAUCUUUUCGGUUCGACGUGGCUGGUUUGGAUUAUACGUUUUAUAGUGAACAUUAAUUUUUUUCACUUUUGAUUGGUUCAUUCAUUUUUUCCUUUUAUUCGCAUUUGUUUAAAGUGAAAUUUCAUUAUUGAAACAUGGCUGCGAUUGCUGUAGAAAAAUUACGAUGGACGGAAAAAGCGCUUCAUGUGCCAAGUUUUUCUGAAAUGACAAGCGCGCUCUCAACUGGUUUAAACGAAAACUUUACCGAAGUAUCAAUCAACGAAGUGGAAUGUCCGGAUUUAACUGCGGCUCCAUUUAAUUUACCAGCAUGCGGUUUGUCUGGUAGUCCGACGAUCAUUGAUGCCGGCGGUCCACCGUAUUUGUUACCACUUGUUGAUCGCACAAAAAUCUAUGACUUGGCUGAUAUUGCACGAAAAGCACUACCAAAUGUUGAAAGUGUUUAUGUAUGUGGUGCCGGUGCAGGGCCACAUCCAUUGAUCAAUUCCAAUUGUGAGGGUAUUUUCAAUUUAAAAGUGAACAGCGAUGGGACCAUUGUGAAUGGAACUCGCAUCGCCCGUGUUACACCCGGUGAGGAAUUGUGUGAAACCAUCAAAGUUCCACAUCUUGAAACUCGAUUUGCACUUUUGGCAAAUUUCUAUCUGUGUGAAGGUCAAAGCGGAAAGGUGCUUCAUGUAAAAUGCAAAAAACGUGUGGGCACCGAAGAUUUCAUCACUGUAUGUCGAAAGGCGGUUAAAGCGGCAUUUGGUGAUAAACACGUUGGUGUUGGUGGUGUUUUUCUUCUGAAAAAUGGCAAUGCCCAUCAGCAUGUGAUGCGUGAUUUCUCCAAAGUACCAUUAUUGAACGAUGACGAUCUAAAUAACUGGCUGAAAUUUUAUGACAUACCCGGAACUUUGGUGGCGGUGGGAACAUUUCUGUCGGACGACAUGGAUUUGGAUUUAAGAGUACAACAUUUUCACAGUUUGUCGGUGGACAAUAAAUGGGGCGGACAUUAUCAUUACGAUACAACACCGAAUACUAUUGAAUAUGAAGCUUAUUUCAAUGUUGGUGAACGCAUUAUUCGUAUGGAUCAACCGGUUGAUACGCAUAACUUCGGAAGAGAUUAGAUACAUUUUCAUUCAAUUUUUUUUUUAAAUUUGUCAAAAAAGCAAUAUUAGAUGAGACUCCAAUCAAAUUAUAAACAAAUCUUGAAGUACAAAUAUGAUACAAUUCUCAUAAUCUUGUUAUCUUUUGCAUUUGGAUAAAUCACAAAUAAAUGAAUAAAUAACAAUUUUGCUAUCUACCACCGGUGUGAAUAGAUAAAACGU